UAAUGACGUCAGACGUGGUAAACAGUCUCGAAUUCAUGCUGCUCGCGAUGGCCUGGAGUUAAAACGGUUAGACGUGCCUGUUGUUGCUGUACUAAAACCGAAAUGGCGGAAAUUAACUGCAAGGCUUUGUAUUCUUACGAUGGUUCAGGCGGGGGCGAGAUCACAACAUUGCAGUUUGACCCUGGUGAUGUCAUCAAAUUAUUAUUCUCGGGUGAGAAUGGUUGGUGGGAGGGUGAGAUCGGGGAUAAACGAGGGUGGUUCCCCGCAUCUUAUGUUUCGAAAUUAGAGGAUGAAGAAGCUCUUCCAGCUGGCUGGGAAGCAAUAUCAACACCUAAUGGAGAAAAAUAUUACGUCAACACAAAAACAAAUGAAACAACCUGGGAAAUUCCAAAAAAUGAAAUAUCCAACACCACAACUAAUAAUGGAAACGAUAUUGGAUUACAUUUGGAAUUAUCUUCUGUUAUUAAAAAGAAAGAAGUUGAACUCAAUUUAAAGGAUUCCCCUGCCCCCCAAUGUACGGGGUCAGAACCAUCAACCCCAGCCCCUAAGUCCUCGUCACCCAUAACCCCGCGAUCGAAAACUCAACCCAGCACUCCACAAACCAAAGCUUCACCCGCACCCUUGCGGGCGAGAACCCCAUCCACCCCAACGACACCCAACCAGACCAACGGGCAUGGAAACAGACCAAGAAUACGAAUGGUGAACGGGAUUUCAUUUCCAGAUGAAAAGGAAGCAAAAGAACAAACUUUGCUGCAACCUGGCAAAUACAGCUACUGUGAUUACUUCUGGGGUGACAAGGUUGAGAACCACACGGUACAAACUGGUUUCUGUAUUUUAUAUCAGAAGAUGUUAAAAGAAAAACAAAUUUCAAAAGAGAUGGCUGAUCUAUUUAAGCAAAGAGAAGCGCUGGAGACACAAUAUUCAAAAGGAUUAUCCGCAAUCGCCAACAGUGUAUUAGCCGCACAAGAAGAAGGAACCUUGGGAGAGACUUGGAAACAAGUUAAACAAGCAACUUUACAGGAAGCAAAAAUACAUCUAGAUUUCGCAAACAAAAUUCGACUUCAAGUAGAGAAGCCUUUGUUAGAUCAUAAAGAAGGAGGAAAGAAGGAAUUUAAAAAACUUGAAGCGGAUGUUGCAGAGUUAAGAAAACAAGUCCAACUUAAAUAUCUAGCAGCAGAGAGAGCGAAACAUAUGCUGCUUGAAAGGACAAAAGAUUUAGAAGGAAAAAUGAAUUCAACAAAACAUACAAAGGAAGACGUUCAAAAAGCCAGAAGGAAAUCAACAAAACAUGGUGAAGAACUUUCUCAUUCGAUCGAACUUUACAACCACGCGCGCCAACAAUGGUUUGAAGAGAUGGUGACGUCAUCGGUUACCAUGGAAACCCAUGAAGCGAAACGAAUUAACGCCAUAAAGGAUAUUCUGACGAAAUACACGAAGUUGUUGCAAGACACAAACACGAAAUGCCAAAAGGCAUGUGACGUCAUCAACCAGAAUGUCGCUAAAACAGACGCCGACAAAGACCGCGAACUCUGGGUGUCGAAAAACCAGACCGGGAAAGUGCGACCAGUUGACCUGAUCAUUUAAACUAUUGCUCUCUUGUUUUUGUUUUCCUUUUUCUUUUAUUUUUAUGCGGUGAUGACGUCAUAGCUUAAGUUUCAUCCUGAAUCAUUGUGUAAAUAUGUAAUCUAUGCACCGUCAUGUAUCAAGCACGCUUCGCUCCGAAGCAAGUUUCAAACACGAGGUUCACACGUCACAGUGAGCUUCACUACGUCAUAAGCAUAAUUACUAUGUCAUAAUCCAAUGUAGCUUUUACCCUGCGUGCCUUGUAUUAUUUCUUACAGUAUUUCAUCCUAUAUUAGGUCACUUUGACAUGCCUAGUUUUUAGCAUACGCUACAAGCGCUGAUAUUUAUUCGUUGCAAACCUGUAAAUGCCGUUUACCAGUUUCAUGCGACAUUUUUUUGUAAAUUAUGCUUCCUAUCCUACGGCUCACCAACCUAUUUUAUCAUGUUACGUCAUAAUAUCAUUGCGUCAUUAUCUUCUGACGUCAUACACUGCCACGUAGCUUCGCACAUCGCCACUUAAGUGUUUUAUCUGUUUCACAACCAUUUGAUCAGUAGCGUCAUCUACCGGGCUUUUAAUCUACAUUGCUUUGCCGCUUUCACGCCGUAUUGUUAAUACUUGUUACAACAAGCACUUGUUAUUUUCAA